CCGAUCGUUAUUGAUCCGUGUUUUUCUAUAUCAAUUGGGUAUUCUUGAUCGGACCCAUUUUUCAAUAACAGCCCCAAUUGAUUCUUUUUAUUCUCCUUCCCGAUUUCCAUUUGGGGAUGGAUCUUGGAAGGGAGAAUUGAUUCAGAUCUUUUGAUUGAUUAUUUCGAGUUGGGCACUCUUCAAUUCUAGGUGCUUUUGGAGCUGCGGAUAUGGAUAAGUGGGACUGUUCUUGGCAUUGAUCAGCGGGGAAUUUAGGGUUUUGAGAUCUUGAUCGAUUUUUACCUUUGGGUCUGUUUGAUGAAUCUGGCUAUAAUCAAAGAGAAGGAUAGGCUUGUGAACCAACGGUCAUCGAAUCCGGGUGAUCUCUGGCUGUUGGGUUUGCCGGUUGAGCAGAAAGUGUUUCGGGUUUGCAUCUCAAUCCACAGGUGGAACAAGGAGUUCUACAUCCUGCCCGGAGGAUAAUUCGGUCGACCCGAAUUGUUUCGGGCGUAGUAAAUUUACCAGGUGAUGGAUUCAACCCAAGAUUCAACUUUGUCUAGUAAUGUAGCAGGUUUGGUAGAUGGGUCUUCUUCUAGUGGAAGAGAGGUUUAUUAUAUUGAUCAUCUGCCCGUAUUUGCAAAGGAGUUGAUUGCUGGAGGGGCUGCUGGUGCAUUUGCCAAAACGUCUGUAGCUCCGUUGGAACGGGUUAAAAUACUUCUUCAGACAAGAACCGAAGGAUAUCGCUCCCUUGGUGUUUUUCAAUCCCUUAAAAAGCUAUGGAAGCAAGAGAGCUUUGUAGGGUUUUACAAGGGAAACGGAGCAAGUGUCAUUCGGAUUGUUCCAUACGCCGCCUUACAUUUUAUGACCUAUGAGCGGUAUCGGAGUUGGAUUUUGGACAACUAUUCUGCAUUUGGGACGGGACCCAUCGUCGAUCUUUUGGCUGGUUCAGCAGCUGGAGGAACUGCAGUGCUAUGUACAUAUCCCCUAGAUUUGGCUCGCACUAGAUUGGCUUACCAGGUUGUGGACAGAACUCUAGAAAAUAAUCCCAGCUGCCGACGUGCUCAACCUGCUGCAUACAACGGAAUAAAGCAAGUUUUCCAGUCAGUUUAUAGUGAGGGUGGGGUCCGAGCACUUUACCGCGGUGUAGGUCCCACGCUUGUGGGGAUUCUUCCUUACGCUGGGCUGAAGUUUUACAUAUAUGAGGAACUGAAGAGUCGGGUGGCCAAAGAGCACGAGAACUCCAUCAUGAUGCGUCUCUCGUGCGGCGCUCUCGCCGGUCUGUUUGGUCAGACUCUCACUUAUCCAUUGGAUGUCGUCAGGCGUCAAAUGCAGGUGGAACGAGGGAACCGUAGGUACCGUAGCACGAGGGAGGGGCUUACGGUAAUUGUGCGCGAACAAGGCUGGAGACAACUGUUUGCUGGCCUCAGCAUUAACUAUAUCAAGGUUGUUCCAUCGGUGGCCAUCGGUUUCACUGCGUAUGAUGCGAUGAAGGGCUGGCUUCGCAUUCCUCCACGGCAGAAGUAGAAACAAGCGCUUCUUCCUCUUCCUCUUCCUCUGCAUGAUAUCUUGUUUUUCCUUUAUUUCUGGCAACAAAACUUGUCCCCAGCUGUACUGUUAUUGGGUACUUUUUUCUUCUUCUGAAGAAGAAAAUGGGAUUCAAUAAGUAGUGGAGUCUACACUUAAGAUAAUUACAGAGAUCUCAUGUGAAGUUACAAGGAAUCCCAACUUGGGUACACUUUUUUGCACUCUUUAUCAACUAGCUGUAU